AUGGACGAGAUGAAAAUUCAGUCCAACCUUGCAUUUGACAAACAUUCUGGGGACUUAAUUGGUUUUGUGGAUCUUGGUGAUCCUAUGACUAAUUAUGCUAGUCUUGGUGAUGAGGAUAUUAUUGCUACCCAUGCCUUGGCAUUUCUGGUGAGAGGAAUGUGCAGUGACCUCAAGCAUGUCAUUGCAUACUAUUUUACUGAAAAUGUUACCUCUUACCAGUUAAUGCCUCUCUUCUGGAAAGUUGUUGGUGUCCUAGAAUUGUCUCUGAACCUAUGGGUCUGUGCUGCAGUGAAUGAUGGAGCGUCACCAAAUCGCACGUUCAUCGACCUUCAUGCCAAGUAUGUAAGUGAUUUGCAACUUGAUGUGGUUCACAAUGUGCACAAUAUCUUUGCUACACAUCUGUUCAUCUACUUCUUUGCUGAUGCGUGUCACCUCAUUAAAACUGCUCGGAAUUGUCUGUACAAUUCGGGAUCCGGUUCACAGAGUCGAUUUAUGUGGAAUGAUGGUCGUCACCUUCUGUUUAGACACAUUGCAGAUAUGUUCUACAGUGAUCAAGAGUUUGCUUUGCACACCUUGCCAAAACUAUCUCUUGAUCACAUCGUACUUACGUCAUACAGCAAAAUGAAGGUAAAGUUGGCAACCCAAGUCCUGAGUCGCUCGGUUGCAAUUGCAUUAGAGGAAAGUGGGAAGGAAGAUGUAACAGGUACAGCCCAAUUUUGUAGGAUGAUGAAUGAUUUCUUUGACUGUACAAAUGUAAGGUUUUUGACUUAA